AUGAGUUCGCCGUUUUCUGGAAGAGCUGGCCUGCGGUCGCCGCGCAAGAAGCGGCUCGAGGACGAGGAGCUGCGGCUGGCAAAGCUGCGCAGUCCGGCGAAGCGGUCGAUGGCGGAGCUCAAUCGAGCGGCGGUGGAGCGGGCCACGCGACUCAAGCUGGAGUCUCUGCAGGACGACGAGGACGAGAUCGACGCCGAGGAGAUGGCUCUGGCGGACCGAAUAAUCGCCGAGAGCAAGAAGGACGGACUGGCGCCGUUGGAGCUGGAAGAGAGCGAGCACGAAAGUGGCGAGGAGUCCGUCAGCGAGUUUGAGGAGACAGAGGACGGGGACGAGGACGAUCCUAUGGACGACGCUGAUGACGGCGUUUCCGACGAGGAAUUUGGCGCAAAGCGAGUACGGCGGCCACGCAAAGCUGCGCAGACCGCUCCGCGCGCGCCCAGGACGCCGAAGCCGACCGCUGCGCCGCUAGAGGAGGCCGAUCUAAAACCGCUAAAAAUGAGCACGGUCAAGCUGAUGGAAGUUCCCAACAUCGACCGGACCGAGGACCUGCUGCUGAACUUCGCGGACGAGGAGAAGUCGCUUUUCUACGACGGCCACGAGGGCUAUUUUGAACAGCAAAAGCUGAAAAACAAAAAGCCCGGGACGGCGUCCAUGGCGCUGGCUCCAGAGCUUACUUACGAGGAGUAUGAAAAAUACAACAAAAUCCUGGAGAUGUCUGGUGAGCGCCAGAUAGCAAAUCUGAACAACUACUACCGGCUGCAGUUCCCACAAUGGACGUUCGAGCUGCAGCAGGGCUUCAACUUGGUUUUCUACGGUGUUGGCUCGAAACGUCUUUUAGUGCUCGAAUUUUUGCAGCAGCAUUUUCUGCCCGCGGUGUCCGGCGCAAAGUGUCUUGUCGUCAACGGGUACAACCCCGACUUCCGUCCCAAGACACUGCUGUCGAUGCUGCAGGAGACCGUUCUCGGGGUGCGUCCUGCUGGUGAACAACAUCGACGGCGAGGCGCUGCGCACGGACAGAAUGCAGCAGAUUCUGAGCGAGAUCGCCGCGAUCGAGCAGGUGCAUUUUCUGUGCACCAUGGACAACCUGAACAUGCCUAUUUUCUGGAACUCCAGCAUGCAUUACAACUUUAA